GUCAGGCCUGCUGACCCCAGUAAUCAGCUUGAGCCUCCUAAUCCAUCACAGCAGGAGCGUAGGACGCACAGCAGUGGCCUGGGAGCCGGCAGGGGCCAUCUUGGCCUCCUUGGCAGACUCCGCCUGGGAGGGGAUGGGGCAGCCGAGCCAUGUGCACCACCCUCCUCCUGCUCAGCACCUUGGCUCUGCUCUGGCGCCGCCGAUUUGCCAACCGGGUCCAACCAGAGCCCAGCGAAGCAGACGGGGCGGUCCUGGGCGGCAGCCUGCAGACAGACACCCAGUCCCCUGGCAGGGAGAAGCCUGUGGAGUAAGCCCUCACCUCGGCAGGGGCAGCUCAGCCCCAGGAGUGGGAUCAGCUGGCCCAGCAGUCCUUGCCAGAACCCAGAGACUGGCCCUGUAUCACCCACAUUUUAGGAAUGAGAACACAGAGAGGCUCACGGACUUGCCCAGCACCACCAGCUGGCCCGUGCUAGGUGCGUCCCCAGCACAAUCCUGGAGUCUGCUCCGCUUGUGAGAUGGAGGAACAGCUGUCGGACUGUCAACUAGCAGUGCCUGCCGUGCCACGUCCCCGAUGUGAGCAGCCAGCGGCUCAGGAUGUACCUCCCCUCCUUCACAUUCUUAAUAAUAGAAUUAAAGACCCCGCUCCAGGUUAAGAAGCGAACAUAUGCCAAAGACCGCUGUCUAUUCCUGGGGGUUUCGGACACCAUGUCUUAGACCCGGCCAGUGAUGGGAACUCGGUGAGCUGUGCACGUGACCACAGCGGGCACCCUGACUGGGUUUCUCCUCUGCACUCAGAGAGGACUCCUGCCCUGUCACUAAGCUCUGCGGCUCUUUCCAUGUCAAUAAAUACAGGCCUUUACUAAGUAGAGUAAUAGCUGGGUAGCAAUUCCACCAGAUGUAAGACUCCCAUGUCCGGACCCCACCAGCAACCGAGUGCAAUGAAAUCACAGCAACACGAACACCUGGUCUCAACAGCUCUGAGCCCUUGCUUGCAUUCGGAUGCAUUUCUUCUUCUUUUAAAAUAUAUUUGUAUUGAUU